AGUAAAAUUCUCAGACCUAGACCCAACAAGUACUUUAGCAUGGAUCCGGAUCCGAAUCUGUAUUUUUAGAUUGGUUCCGGUUCGGGUCUUCAGGUCCGGGUAAAAUGCCCAGACUAUAAUGUCUACUAUCUGGUCUCCAAAUGAAACUCGGAACCUUUCAUAACUAAGCUAUUAUUGUAUCUUUCGGUGCUUCUAUAACUCUAAGAUUUUAAUUGAUUUUUUCAUCGUCCUUGGCAAUCAUUUUACAGAUUACAACAAUUAGCAUUAAAUCUUCCCCCUAAACCGAUAAGAACACCAUAUAUUAUAUAGGCCCUAUUAUAUAUGAAGUGGUGGGUUAUAUAAAUGAACGAGUUGUACUAUGGAGUUUUAGCUUUUGAAAUUUUAAGUUGUGCAUCCAAUACGAGGACAAAAGAUUUGCUUGGAUGAGAAAACUUCUCACAAAUUGACGAUUUUACCAUCUACCCUCUUGAGUGCAUUUACGUCAAAAUAACUGAGCAAUAUUCAUCCACGUGUACAACACAACACACUUUGCACACACAUUAUUCUUUCAUGAAAAUAAAUAAGAUCUUCAUAUGCUUUUAGCAAGCAAUAAUAUUCCUAUAUAAAUGGUUAACGUCUUUCCAACUUACAAAACUUUUUCUCAAACCACCACAAGAGAGAGAAAGAGAAUAAGAAAAUGUGUAAAGGCGUGAAUGAAGAAGAGAACAGAAGUGUCCACGGAGGUUGCCGGAGUCUCUGCACGAGACCGAAUGUUCCGGUUAGGUGUGAGCUUCGUGGCGGUGACGCCUCCGUGUUUUGCGAGGCUGACUCAGCUUUUCUCUGUAGGAAAUGCGACCGGUGGGUUCACGGAGCUAAUUUUCUUGCUUGGAGACACGUGAGACGCGUGCUAUGCACCGCAUGUUAUAAACUCACGCGCCGAUGCCUCGUCGGAGAUAACUAUCACUUUGUCUUACCGUCGGCGACGGCAGGAGAAUCCACCGUUGGGGAUAUAACAACGUUGAAUGAACAAGAUAGUAGUAAUAACGAGGUUCCGUUUUGUGUUUCUCUGAUUUAGUUUUUUUCCCUUUUUGUGUUGUAAGAUAUUAAUUCCUAGGAUUUGUAAUGCAUUUUCUAUUAGGAAAAAUCUGGGGAAUUUAAUAUAUGAAACUCAUAAUUAGAAUUUUAAGUAAUGGGUGUUGACUAAAAAUAGAAAGAAUAAUUUUCUCCAACUGAAGGGAAAGGAAAAAGGUUCUUUCUUUGAAUCUGGAACUAUGUCCUCUUCUGAAUACGUGUGAAACUAAAAGGAAACAAGCUAAAAAAAGUUCAAGCAAGAAUCAAUCAAACUGCGUUUGGCUUUCGCUGGUUAACUGUUCUUAUGUGUUUACCAAAAUCUAAAGAACGAAACUUAGGUUCACCCCGAAGUGGUGAACUUACCAAUCAAAAUGACACGUAUAUUAAUAAUAAAAUAUAUUAGUUUUUAAAAAAAAAAUCUAAAAUAAUUAAAAAAAAUAAUGACGCUUAUUUUAAUGACGCUAACGCCACUAAUUAAACCCUAAAUCUUAAAUUUUAAACCCUAAACCUUAAAUCUAAACCCUAAACCUUAAUUCUAAACCCAAACUCUAAACCCUAAACCCAAACCCUAUAUUUUAAACCCAAAUCCUAAACUCUAAACCCAAAUCGUAAACUCUAAACUCAAACCCUAGACUUUAAACUUAAACCCUAUAUCAUAAACCAAAACCUAGACUCUAAACCCAAAUCUUAAACCCUAAAGAAACAACAUCAACAUAGGAUUUGGGUUAAGGAUUUACGAUUUGAGUUUAGGGUGUAGGGAUUAAGUUUGGAUAUAUGGUUUGAGUUUAGAGUUUAUGAUUUGGGUUUAGGAUAUAGGGUUUGAGUUUAGGGUUUACGGUUUGGGUUUAGGGUUUAGGAUUUGGGUUUAAGAUAUAGGGUUUGGGUUUAGGGUUUAAAGUUUGGAUUAAGGGUUUACGGUUAGGGUUUAGGGUUUAGGGUAUAGAUUUAAAGUUUAGAGUUUAGUUAGUGGCGUUAGCAUCAUUAAAAUUGGAGUUAUUAUUUUUUCAAUUAUUUCAGAUUUUAAUCUAUUUUAUUAUUAUUCUAGGUGGUAUUUUGAUUGGUAAUAAGAGGAAAGGUGAAUUUAAAGGUUUACCCUAGGGGUGAACCCAAGUAUUGUUCAAAACUAAAACGUCUCUCAUGGGAAGCAUCUUCUUCAUGCAACGCUAAAUGUUACGGUAUGAACCCGUUCAAGCUGGCUUAUUGUGGAAAAGUGCUAAGUCAAACUGCAGUACUCUAAAAUAAUAAUGACUUAAAAUAUAAAAAGAAAAAAAAACAUCAUGACAGGUAUCAGCAAACCUCCUACCACAUGUCACAAGAAAAAAAAAAAUCUACUUUAUAUUUAUAUAUAUAUAUAAUUCGCUAGAAAUUUCAUUUGUAGAGACUAUUUUCCUAUUAGAGGGAGAUCCAAAAAAAAAAAAAUUCUUUUAAAAUAGGAGAAAAGUGUUAGUGCAGUGACGACUGAGUUUUAGAAGCCGAAGAAAAACAACUCCUCAAAAUGUCCAUGUAUCAGCCGUGAAGUACUAGAUGAAGUCGUACAAGAAGUGUCGUGAAGUGAAGCUGAAGUGAAGAUGUGUAGCUGACUUGAAAACUGAACUUGGAGCCGACGUAGAGCUAAACUACAAGAUAACUUAGAGGCUAAACAAGCUAUGAUUUACCUUGGAAAAAAGUAAAUCAUCAAGGGAAGAUUUCCAAAAGGCUUUGAAGAAAUUUUGGAAAUAUUCCAUAAAGGAAGAUUUGUGAAUAUCUCUUCCUUGAGAAGUUGGCAAAGAUAAGCCACGAAGUCUACAUGUAUAAGUAGACAGAGACGUGCCUUGAGAUAGGUACCACCUCAAGAGAAUGUCGUAAGCAUAAGGGCUUUGGUGUUGAAUUAGAAUAGACACAAAGCAUAAGGGCUAGGGGUCAUGAGGGGGUGAGAGGGGUUCUUGGGUUAGUUUGAUCUAGGAACGUUUUAGGCUAUUGUUUGUCUGGACUGUGACAUGUUAGUCAAUUCGGAAAAGAACUAGUAAGACACUUUAUCUAUGUAAAGAUAAAAUUUUAUUAUAUAUUGUUGUAAUACUUUGUGAAUAAAUAAAAGCAUUGUACUUGUGUGUAUUACUUUCUGUAACUCUU